AUGAAUAGCAUAAGCUCAUGUUUAUUACUUUUGAACAUUGAAAGUACUUAGGAAAGUGUAUGUAUUAAAGAUGAGCUUAAUGAUUCUAUAGAUUUGCGUAUAGACACAAAGAUUAAUGAAAUGGAAAGACAAAUUGUAAAGUAUUUGCAAAGCAUGGGAAUAUAAACAAAAACAGAUCCUAAAUAGAAAGAAUUGUAAUAUUGGAAUUUAAGAAGAAUUGAAAGCAACAAGAAAUUAGAGGAACAUUGGAACUGCCAAAAGCUAUCCUUAAAUUCUUCUGUUAAUAGAUUGUUAUUAAGAAGAAAAUCUCCAGUUAUCAAGUGUUUUAAUAACAGUGGAACCCAUUUAUAAGCCUUCCUUACUUCCUGA